CCCCCUCGCUCCUUAUACCAGUUUUCAACAUAUCACAACAAGAAGAUGCUUUUUAAAAGUUGAGCAAGUUUCUGAGCUUUCUUUUUUUGUUUUUUCACCUUUUAUAUCAUUAAUAAGCUUUUAAUACUGUGUUUUUUGAAGAAUUAAAAUUUUGACCAUGAUUUAAGUAAUUUAGUUUAAUCGUAAUUGUGUUUAGCUUCCUAACCAUUAAAACUUCAUGGCAACAUUUACAACAUGUACCAAUCCAAAUGAUGUCAUUGUAAAAGCUGAUUUUGUUUUUGUCCGAUUUCAUCAGGUGUCGCCAAAGUAAUUUGUUCAUCUAUGUGCCUAAAAGACUAAAAAUUUGUUUAUACUGAUCUUGAUCAUCUCUACAUCAUAGUCAUCUCAUUGUUCCGUUCUGUUAACUUAACACCAAGACCAAAUUCAAUCAUGUUGAGGCUUCUUUGUUUCAUCUGCCUUUUAGUGAACAUUGCUGUAGCCCUUGAUGGCCCUAAUACUUGUAUAGAGGAACAUGAAGUUCCAGUAGUGGUCAAAGUACCAGCCAAAGUUCCACAAGAAGUUACAACAUACAAAUGGUGUGCAAAGAUCCCACCGAGAUGUAAAACGAGUAAAAUUGUUCAAGUUGAUGGUUAUAAAGAAGAGAUUCAUUAUGAAAAGAAUAGAACCCGUGUUUGUUGUAAAGGUUAUGCGGAAGCUCGCAACAAAUGUGUACCCGUAUGUUCAAACGCUUGUCUUCAUGGACGCUGUAUAUCUCCAGAAAAAUGUGAUUGUGAACCGGGCUAUUCUGGACCAAAUUGUGAUUCAAAGCACACUUGUCCCAAAGGUAAAAAAGGAAAAAAUUGUGACCAGCCUUGUUUAUGUAAAAACGAUGCUCGAUGUGAUGCUGUUUCGGGAGAAUGUAUCUGUCGCCCUGGAUGGACUGGUCAAGACUGUACAGAGCCUUGUCCACCUGGAUAUCAUGGAUUCCGUUGCCUCGAUGAAUGUCGAUGCUCAAACAAUGCAGAUUGUGAUCCUGUGAAUGGUCGAUGUAAAUGUAAACCAGGCUGGAAAGGCCAACACUGUGAAAUUGAAUGCACUGAAGCUGAAAAUGACUGCAUCCAAGGCUGUUAUUGUGACCAUGGUGGAUACUGUAAUUUAACCACCGGUCUUUGUCGAUGUCCACCAGGUUAUACUGGAGAUUAUUGUAGCGAUGCAUGUCCAUAUGGAACGUAUGGGUUAAAUUGCGCCCAAAGAUGUAACUGUAAUAGUGGAAAUGAAUCUGAACCAGAUAGUCAUGUUGUUUGUGAUCAUAUAGCUGGCUGUAAAGUUUGGUCUUCAUCGCCUUUAAAGAUUGUUGAAAGUGAACCCAACGGUAAUCAUGCUUCAGCAACAUUGAUCUUGCUUAUUGGAAUGAUAAUCAUUGUUCUCAUAAUUUCUGGUUUCCUUAUUUUAAAAUACCGCCGUGAGUUACGUUUAUUGAACUCAGAGCUUGCUUUUGUCACCUACAUAUCACGGAAAGAGUCAAAUGACCGGUUUGAUAACCCUCUUUACUCGUACCAAGCAACAACAGCCGAUUGUAAACCACCUUUACCCAACUCGGUAUCCCCACCAGGACCACCUCCACAAGCCUCAUCAUCUACCAAAGCAAGCCUAUUUUCUGGUUUCAAGCGCAAUUUCGAGACAAACAUAUGUAAAGGCUCUCAAGAUAAAUCUUCUGGUCUUCCAAAUGAUUUCCUAAAGCCUAACCUAAAUGUAACAAGUUGUUAUGAUGAUCUUAAAACAACCAAACGAGAAUACAAUUCAAAUAUUUAUGAGGAAAAUGAUAGCUGUGGAACAAGGUCAUCGACUUUAACAAAGGAACCAGUUUACGCUGAGAUUCCGGGCUCUGAUAAUAAGGAUGAUCUCAAAGAGAGCCCCUAUGAUUCACCAAGACCAAUAGAUUCUAAUAAUCAAGUUAACAAAUUGUAAUUCAUUAUGAUUCGAUCCAAGCAGCUCAACGCCAAACUUCAUUGAAUGAAUUUUCGUCUGUUUUAUACCAACGGCACAAAACCCAUUUUAUAUGUAUUCUGAGUCAAGAUUUUUUUUGUUGUAGAUCAAGGAAAAUGGUUGAAAAGAUGAGGAAAUAAUCUAUCAAUCAUAUUAUCAUCUUAUUUUGCUCUCUAUGUUAUCCCCAGUCUUGUUCAUCAUUUCCUUGUUCAACAAAAGAAAACAAAAACGCCAUCAUCAUUGCAUCUUCACAUCAUAUUUAUUACCAACUUAUUAUUGGAAAACAAUUGCUAAAUCAUGACUUCUCUUUUCAUUUCAUCCAUUCUUAUAAUCGCAAUUCAACAAAAGAAAUACAUUUUCACCAAAAUGAUAUUUUACUUCAUAAUUUUUAAAUUCUCCAUAUUAAAGUCUUUCCUUUUCUAAGA